AUGACUGCAGUUCCUCUCAUUCAGGUUGGAAGUUGUGCUAUGGCAGAAAGAAGUUGUCUAAGUUUUAUGAACAUCAAUGAGGAAAACACUAGCGUGUCAUCUUUGUGUUCAGUGGAAUCCGGCAGUAGUUUCUGCGCAUGUAAAUUUUGCGGUUCAAAAUUUUUGAAGACAACUAGCCAAUGUCAGAACAUCACCGUUCAUACUGUUACUCAGUUCUCUCCUUCUCCUGUAAUCUCCUGCACAGAAAGUGUGCCUCAAGGUGCUAAUAUUUCACAAAUUACAGUCGAUACAGAGCAUGGACAAUCACAGUCAUCUAAUCAAUCAACAUCAUCUACGGUUCUGCGAGAUGUACAUAUUUCAGCAAAUUUAAUGGAAGAUUUCCUUGGGCUUGCUAAAGACAAUACAGAGAAGGAUCUAGAAACAUGUGGGACUCUUGGCGCCUUUCUGAAAAAUGGAACAUUCUAUGUGACAACUCUGAUCGUACCCAAACAGGAAUGCACUUCCAACUCUUGCCAGGCGACAAAUGACGAGGAAGUUUUCUCCAUACAAAACGAACAAUCACUUUUCCCUGUAGGAUGGAUCCAUACACAUCCUUCUCAAAAAUGUUUCAUGUCAUCAGUGGAUUUGCACACUCAUUAUUCAUGUCAGGUAAUGAUACCUGAGGCAUUUGCCAUUGUCAUGGCCCCAACAGAUACCUCAAGGAGCUAUGGAAUAUUUCGUCUAUCCGACCCUGGUGGGAUGAGUGUCCUAAAAGAGUGCCAAGAGGAAGGGUUUCAUCCUCACAAAGAAACCACAGAUGGGAGCCCCAUUUACGAGCACUGCUCUAAUGUCUACACAAACUCAAAUCUGAGGUUUGAAAUCUUUGACUUGCGUUGA